AUGUCCUCUAUGUUGUUCGGACGACACGGCAUCGUUCUGGCUGCCAUUAUUGCUUCUAUCAAGUGGAAGUUCACACCUCUGACGCUGCGGCAGUACAAGCUGCAGGAGCACGAGAGAGAUCUCAAAAAGGUGAACCCGGACCCAAAGCCCUGCCUUCGGGGGCCCGACCGGGCGGUACGGGCCGGCCAGCUGUGGAAAUUUUACGCGUGCUUCGAGCCCCUCAUCCGGCAGCAUCGCACCAUGUAUUAUGUAGUCUCGAACCUGGUGAUGCCUUUGACGAAAAGCCGCAAGAUCUCGUAUGCGGAGCUUGUAGGUCCCAACAAGGUUGCCUGGUUCGUGUCCCACUUUUGGGGGACCUCCUUCCGCCAUUUUGUCUUCAGCAUCCGGAAGCACGCGGAGAGCGUGGCGGUGAGCAACAACAACUGCAACUACGUUGCAAAUUGGGCAGACCGCGCCUACUGGAUAUGCAGCUUUAGCAAUAACCAGUGGAAUGUUGCGGAGGAGGUUGGGUCAAGCUGGGAGGAGUCUUCAUUUUACUUAACGCUGACCUGCGGCUACUGCGAUGGAACGGCGAUGAUUCUUGACGAUGAUGCGAUGCCCCUGACGCGCGCAUGGUGCUUGUUCGAGGUCUUGCAGACGAAGGAGAUCAAGGAUCGACAGUCCACUUUCCAAGGACUGUGGCUCUGCACGGCCACGGGCGUCUUGCACAAGGGCAAGGCCGGUGUCGAUGUUGCCAUGCGCAUCGCUGAGCGGCUGUCCACUCUGAGGCUGGAGGAUGCAACUGCGUCUGUGCAGAAGGAUAAGGACAUGAUCGACAACUUGGUCUCCCAGAUGCCGGGUGGCUUUAAUGCCAUGAACGGCUUCGUGAAGCGGAACAUUGCCGAGGCGUUGCUACGGAUGCAAGAGGCCUUCUCCAACGACUUUAGUAAGCUCAUGGACUCCCUUGGCCAGACGAAGCUUCAAAGUGCGCAAAUGGAAGAGGAGAUCUCUGUGCAGCCAGCAGAGGAAGCAGAAGAGGAGGAGCAGGCGGUGGAGCUGUCGCUGAACGGCAGUCGCUCAGCCGAGCCGAUGCCCUGA